AUGAAGCUCGUUGCAGUCCUCGCCACCAUCCUCAGCGUCGCCUCCGCCGUCGCUAUCCCAGUCGAGCUCCAGGAACGCCAAUGCCUUAACAACGGAUCUUUCUGUACACUGCCUGGAGGCAAUUUGCAAUGCUGCACGGGAUUCUGCCACGGUAAGUAG